UCCUUGCAGCAACCACAGUUCUUAACAGAAGCUGGGUGAUGCCGUAAUUUUCUGUAUCCAAGAAAGAUCCAAACCAUGAGACUAUCAGCAAGAAUUAUCUGGCUUAUAUUAUGGACUGUUUGCAUAGCAGACGUUCAACCUUGUGAUUUUCCACAAAUCAAAAAUGGAGAACUAUAUGAUGAAAAGAGGUACAAACCCUACUUCCCAGCACAAAUAGGAAAGGAGUACUACUACCACUGCGAACCAGGAUUUGUGACUCCUUCAAGGGCAUACUGGGAAAAAAUUCGCUGCACUGUACAAGGGUGGGAGCCUGCAGUCCCAUGCCGCAGGGUAUGUGGAAUCCAUUAUAUAGAGAAUGGGGAAGUCUUACAACAGAGAGGAGACUACAUACAGGACCAGUCUGUAAGAGUCCGGUGUUCCUCUGGCUACAGUCUUCCAAAUGGUCAGAAGACAGUUACAUGUACAGAGAACGGCUGGUCUCCUCAACCCAAAUGCAUCCGUGUCAGCACUUUCUGUGGGGAUCCACCAUAUGUGGAAAAUGCUACUAUAGUAACACAGCACAUGACUAAAUAUCCAUCUGGUGCGAGAGUACGUUAUGAAUGUCAUAAACCUUUUCAAUUAUUUAGUGAAGUUGAAGUGAUGUGUCUAAAUGGGAUUUGGACAGAACCACCAAAAUGUAACGAUCCAACAGGGAAAUGCGGACCUCCUCCACCUAUUGACAAUGGGGACAUCACCUCCUUCCAAUUACAAGUAUAUGCACCAUUAUCUUCAGUUGAAUAUCAGUGCCAGUCCUUGUACAAGAUGCAGGGCAACAAGAAAAUAACAUGUAGAAAUGGAGAGUGGUCUGAACCACCAAAAUGUUUAAAUGCAUGUGUAAUAUUAACAGAAAUUAUGGAAAGACAUAACAUCACUUUGAAAUGGAUAGAAAAUCGAAAACUCUAUCUCUCAUCAGGGGACUAUACAGAAUUUAUGUGUAAAAAUGGAUAUAAAAAGGCAACUACAUCACCUCCAUUUCGUACAAUUUGCAUUGAUGGUCACAUCAAUUAUCCUAGUUGCACAAAAAAAAUUUUGGUUUAG